UUGCUUAGCGCAGUGCGAGGGUGUGUUAUGCUAGUAGCAUCACACCAUAAUUUCAUCAUUUUUUUCGAACUAAUUUCGAAUCAGUGACAUAUCUGACACAACAUUGUUCAUGCUUUUGUUUUGCAAACCUGUUUGCGGACGCUGUUGCUGUUUCUUGUAGAAAUACUGACAGUAUUGACAGGAACAAUGUCAGAAGUAGAAGAUAAGUUUCAGGGGAGUAAAUCCAGUGAGGAGUCGACAGAUGAUUCAGAGGAGGAAGAUAGCGAGGAGGAGCCUAAGCUGAAGUAUGAGAGACUGACCAAUGGGGUGACGGAGAUCCUGCAGAAGGAUGCGGCCAGCUGCAUGACGGUCCAUGAUAAGUUUCUGGCGCUGGGCACUCACUUCGGAAAGGUGUACUUGCUGGACAUUCAAGGAAACGUCACUCAGAAGUUUGAGAUUAGUCAGGUGAAGAUCAAUCAGAUCAGUCUGGACGAGAGCGGGGAGCAUGUUGGGAUCUGCUCAGAAGAUGGCAAGGUGCAAGUUGUUGGUCUUUAUACACGUGAAGGUUUCCAUGACAACUUUGACUGUCCAGUAAAGGUGGUGGCUCUCCAUCCUCAGUUCAGCAAAUCCAACAACAAGCAGUUUGUCACCGGGGGCAACAAGCUGCUCCUGUAUGAGCGUAAUUGGCUUAACCGCUGGAAGACGUGUGUGCUGCACGAGGGGGAGGGCACCAUCACCAACAUCAAGUGGAGGGCCAACCUCAUCGCCUGGGCCAACAAUGUGGGAGUGAAGAUCUAUGACAUCAGCACUAAGCAGCGCAUCACUAACGUCCUGCGUGACAACGCCAGCCUCAGGCCCGACAUGUACCCCUGCAGCCUCUGCUGGAAGGACAACGCCACCCUCAUCAUCGGAUGGGGCUCCUCCGUCAAGAUAUGUGCUGUGAAGGAGAGAGACCCCACUGAGAUGCGGGACCUACCCAGCCGCUACGUGGAGAUUGUGUCUGCGUUUGAGACGGAGUUCUUCAUCAGUGGCCUGGCCCCCCUGGCAGAUCAGCUGGUGACCCUGUACUACGUCAAGGAGAACUCUGAACACAUGGAUGAGGAGUUCCGUGCGCGGCCACGCCUUGACAUCAUCCAGCCAUUACCUGAGACCUGUGAGGAGAUCUCGUCUGACGCUCUCACCGUCCGCAACUUCCAGGACAACGAGUGCAGAGACUAUCGGCUAGAGCACUCCGAGGGGGAGUCGUUGUUCUACAUCAUCAGCCCCAAAGACAUCGUGGUGGCCAAGGAACGCGACCAGGACGACCACAUCGACUGGCUCCUGGACAAGAAGAAGUACGAGGAAGCGCUAAUGGCAGCCGAGAUCAGCUUUAAGAACAUCAAGCGACAUGACGUACAGAAAAUUGGGAUGGCAUACAUCAAUCACCUGGUGGAAAAAGGAGACUAUGACACAGCCGCCAGGAAGUGCCAGAAGGUCUUGGGGAAGAACAUGGAACUGUGGGAGAACGAGGUCUACCGCUUCAAAACCAUUGGCCAGCUGAAGGCCAUCAGCCAGUACCUACCUAGAGGUGAUCUGCGGCUGAGGCCAGCCAUCUACGAGAUGAUCCUGCACGAGUUCCUCAAGACUGAUUAUGAGGGCUUUGCCACGCUCAUUAGAGAGUGGCCCGGGGAGCUGUACAACAACAUGACUAUCGUGCAGGCAGUCAACGACCACCUAAAAAAGGACCCCAGCAACAGCACCCUGCUGAAGACCCUGGCUGAACUGUACACGUAUGACCAGAGGUACGACCGUGCCCUGGAGAUCUACCUGCGGCUGAGGCACAAAGACGUAUACGAGCUCAUCCACAAGCACAACCUCUUCUCCUCCAUCGAGGACAAGAUCGUGCUGCUCAUGGACUUUGAUAAAGAGAAAGCUGUUGACAUGUUGCUGGAUAACGAAGACAAAAUAUCGACGGACAGAGUCGUGGAGGAAUUGAAAGACAGACCGGAGCUGCUGCACGUCUACCUGCAUAAGCUCUUCAAGAGGGACCAUCAUAAGGGUCAGCGUUUCCAUGAGCGGCAGAUCAGCCUGUAUGCCGAGUACGACAGGCCCAACUUACUGCCCUUCCUCAGGGACAGUACACACUGCCCAUUGGAGAAGGCACUUGAGAUUUGUCAGCAGAGGAACUUCGUUGAAGAGACAGUGUUUCUCCUGAGUCGGAUGGGUAACUGCAGGCAGGCUCUGCAGAUGAUAAUGGAGGAGCUGGGCGAUGUGGACAAGGCCAUAGAGUUCGCUAAGGAGCAAGACGACGCUGAGCUGUGGGAGGACCUCAUCUCCUAUUCCAUUGACAAGCCACCCUUCAUCACGGGCCUGCUGAACAACAUCGGCACACAUGUGGACCCCAUCCUGCUCAUCCACCGCAUCAAGGAGGGCAUGGAGAUCCCCAACCUCAGAGACUCGCUGGUCAAGAUCCUACAAGACUACAACCUGCAGAUCCUGCUGAGAGAAGGCUGUAAGAAGAUCCUGGUGUCGGACUCCCUCUCCUUGCUACAGAAGAUGCACAGGACACAGAGCAGAGGAGUCAGAGUAGACGAGGAAAACAUCUGUGAAUCCUGCCAUACCACCAUUUUACCAUCGGAUACUGCACAGCCCUUCAGCGUGGUAGUGUUCCACUGCAGACACAUGUUCCACAAGGAGUGCCUACCCUCUGGACCAAUUGCAGGGGUGCCGUUUUGUAACAUCUGCAGUGCUAAGAGGAGGGGUCCAGGCAGUGGAAUUCUGGAGAUGAAAAAAUAAGACUGAUGAUGUUGAUGACACCAACACGCACACAUUACACCCGACCGACACACCCAUGAAUGCUCCUCUUGGGACAGGCUGGAUUCACUGCAGCGAAAACGCCUAUGCUCAUCAUCUCGCACCGCACAUGGAGUCUAAAUUUUAAAGAGAUCUCUGGGGUGAUUUUUGUUGUUCAGUGAAAGGCAUAUUGUUUGGAUGUGCUAGGUCCUGUUUUUUUCCCUGCCCUGCUGAAAGUACUUAGCAGUGUGAUGCAGAAUGAGGUUUGUGUACUUUUUUUUUGGCCUCAAUGAUAUGCCAAGCUUAGUAUUAACAGACUUGAUUUUUUUGUGCACUUAUUUGGUAUCUUUACCUCCAGGAGACCAAUUACUUGCAGCUGUUUUUGUGUUUGUGAAUAUAACAAUGCUAACAUCUUUUUCAUGUAAUAUAAAUGUUGAUUAUUACAGCUUUUCUGCACUACACUGUCUGCAUUGAAUGGUGUGCUACAUUGCAUUUGGCAUGCCAUGUCACUUAUUUACUUAAAUUAUGGCAAGGAACCGUGUUCUUGAAGCAUUAUCAAAUCAAGAUUAUGCAGGCAUGAAGAAAAACUUCCAAAAAGCUUGAAUCCAAUAGGAAUUAUAAUGCCUUGGGAACGGACCCAAAUAAAACACCAAAAUAUACAGUA